GCAGCGCGGUGGGUUGAUCGCUAGGACCCAGGAGCGGCUGGGGGGCGGCUCUGGGGGGAGGAUCGCGGGGCUCAGGCCCGGCCGCAGGAAGUGACUCGCAGCCGCUGCGGGGACUCUGGCUCCCGGCGAGAUCCCCGCGCCCCGGCGGCUGGUGCUGGGAGCCUGGAGCCCGGGCUGCAGCCGGGAGAGGGGAACCUCCAGCCGGGCCCUGCCCGCUGCUCCCCGGGAGCCUCCCCCAGGGCAGAGCCCCCAGCCCGGCCAGGGCCCCUUCCCGGCCCGGUCCCUGCCCCGGGGGGCCCCGCUCGGAGGGAAGUUAAGAGAGACCCGCCCCCCCCCCGGCACCCCCGGGCUGCAGGAGCAAGUGGGGAGGGAGGUUCCCAGCCCCGCCCAGAUCCAUUCCCUGCACCCCCCCCCCCCCGGGGGCAGUUCGCUCUGCUGGGAACAAGGGCCGGAGCUGAGAGAGGAAAGGCCCCUUGCUCGCCCUGCUGAGCACCGCACUACGGAGGGAGACGGGGGAGAGCUAGAGGGGGCCACAAUACACUGUAGGGCGAUACCCUGAAGUGACUCCUUUGAUCUGCUCUUUUUCCAGCGUUUGGCUCAGAGAUGCUGCUCUGGGGAGGUUUAGAAGGGACGUGGUGGGUUAGUUCUAAGCAGAGGGGGCUGGCCGGGGAGGUAAUGAACUAACUGGGUUUGUUCCCAGCAUGGCAGAGUCAUAGAAUCAGAGCGUCUGUCUGCAGGGAGAGAGCCUGGGGGGAAUCGGGGAGUGACAUGGACUCCAGCCCCUUGUGAAACCUGCCCAAUCUCCCAUCUCCUCCUACAGGCUGAGGAAUCGCGUCCACGUUUCACUCCAGAUCAUCCCGUCUUGCAGGGGACAGGCCAGGAAAAUGGCUGUGAUGGAGCCAGCUCAGAUGCCGGUGUCCUUCGAGGAGGUGGCUGUGUAUUUCACCCAGGGGCAGGGGGCUCUGCUGGACCCAGCUCAGAGAGCCCUCUACAGGGACGUCAUGCAGGAGAACUACGAGACGGUGACCUCGCUGGGAUUUCCCCUUCCCAAACCUGACCUGAUCACCCGGCUGGAACAAGGGGAAGAGCCGUGGGUGCCCGAUCUCCAGGCCUGUGAGGAAAGAGAGAUCCCGAGAGGCUCCCACACAGCAGGUGAUGAGAGAGUGAGUGAGAAGAAGGAGGGGAAUCAACAUCAGGAAAUUCCUGGGCAUGGGGAACCACAGGGGAUUUUUGUGGGAAGAGCUGAAGGGAAUUUUUCCCAGUGCUUGGCACAGGGAGAAGCCCGGGGAAAUUGGCAGAGGUCAAAGAGGCUGCUGGGAAACCACUCAAGGGAGCAACUGGAUGGAUCUAUUAUAUGUGGGGAAGGACACAGGGAUCCCACAGCCCGGCAGACAACCCCCAAGGAAGACAAACGCUAUGAAUGCCUCGGUUAUGGGAAAGGAUUCAUUCUGAGACCGGUGCUUCUUACGCUUCAGGCAAUAAAUACUGGAGAGAAAACACUUCAAUGCUUGGACUGUGGGGAAAACCUCAAUAACGACUCAGAUCCUACUAACCAUGGGAGAAGCCACAUGGGAGAGAAACCCUCUGGGUGCCUUGAGAGCAGGAAUUGUUUGAAUUGGAAGUCAGCACUGAUUACACAUCAGAAAAUCCACACAGGAGAGAGAUCCCAUCAGUGCUUAGACUGUGGGAAAAGUUUCACAGAAAGGCCAACCCUUCUUAAACAUCAGGUAAUCCACACAGGAGGGAGACCCCAUAAGUGCUUGGCCUGUGGGAAAAGUUUCACAAGGAGAUCAGUCCUGGUUACACAUCAGAGAAUACACACUGGAGAGAGACCCCAUAAGUGCUUAGACUGUGGGAAAAGUUUCAGAGAAAGGCCAACCCUUCUUAAACAUCAGCUAAUCCACACUGGAGAGAGACCCCACGAGUGCUUAGACUGUGGGAAAAAAUUCGUACGGAGGUCAGGCCUAAUUAAACAUCAGAAAAUCCACACAGGAGAGAGACCCCAUCAGUGCUUAGAAUGUGGGAAAAGUUUCAUACAGAGGUCAGACCUUGUUAAACAUCAAGCAGUCCACACCGGAGAGAAGCCCCAUAAGUGCUUAGACUGUGGAAAAAGUUUCACAGAAAGGCCAACCCUUCUUAAACAUCAGGUAAUCCACACAGGAGAGAGACCCCAUAAGUGCUUGGACUGUGGGAAAAGUUUCACAUGGAGAUCAGCCCUGGUUACACAUCAGAGAUUACACACAGGAGAGAGACCCCAUAAGUGCUUAGACUGUGGGAAAAGUUUCAUACAGAGGUCAAACCUACUUAAUCAUCAGGCAACCCACACUGGAGAGAGACCUCAUAAGUGCUUAGACUGUGGAAAAAGUUUCACAUGGAGAUCAGCUCUGCUUACACAUCAGAGAAUACACACAGGAGAGAAAUCCCACAAGUGCUUAGACUGUGGGAAAAAAUUCGUACGGAGGUCAGGCCUAAUUAAACAUCAGAAAAUCCACACAGGAGAGAGACCCCAUCAGUGCUUAGAUUGUGGGAAAAGUUUCAUACAGAGGUCAGACCUUGUUAAACAUCAAGCAGUCCACACCGGAGAGAGACCCCAUAAGUGCUUAGUCUGUGGAAAAAGUUUCACAGAAAGGCCAACCCUUCUUAAACAUCAGAAAAUCCACACAGGAGAGAGACCCCAUAAGUGCUUGUAUUGUGGGAAAAGUUUCACAUGGAAAUCAGCCCUGGUUACACAUCAGAGAAUACACACAGGAGAGAGACCCCAUAAGUGCUUAGACUGUGGGAAAAGUUUCAUACAGAGGUCAAACCUACUUAAUCAUCAGGCAACCCACACAGGAGAGAGACCUCAUAAGUGUUUAGACUGUGGAAAAAGUUUCACAGAAAGGCCAACCCUUCUUAAACAUCAGCUAAUGCACACAGGAGAGAGACCCCACAAGUGCUUAGACUGUGGGAAAAAAUUUGUACGGAUGUUUGGCCUAAUUAAACAUCAGAAAAUCCACACAGGAGAGACACCCCACCAGUGCUUAGACUGUGGGAAAAGUUUCAUACAGAGGUCCCACCUUGUUAAACAUCAAGCAAUCCAUACAAGAGGGAGACCAUAAGACUCUUGGAAAGGUUUCAGAAACAGAUUAGCCCUUCUAAAGAUCAGGCAAUCCACACACGCGAGAGAACCCCGUAAGUGCUUAGACUAUGGAAAAAUGUUUCAAAUAGAUGUCAUCCCUUGUUUUACAUCAAAGAAUCCACACACAGGAGUAACCGCAUAACUGCUUAGCCUGUGAAAGACCUUGUAAAUGGAGGUCAGAACUUGUUUCAAAUAAAGCAGCUCACACAGGAGGGACCCCAUAAGUGUUUGGACCAUGUGAAAAGUUUCACACAAAGAUCAAAUCUUAUAACACUCAGAGGAUCCACACAGGAGAGAGACCGCAUCAGCACUCAGACUGGAAGAAGAUAGCAGUGCUGUUGAUUAAUUGCUGUUAACUCGUGUGUUUAACUCAAAAAAAUCCAUUGUGGUUAGAAAAAUUAAUCUCAGUGAAUCACAUUGUUAAACAAUAGAAUACCAGUUGAAAUUUGUUAAAUGUUUUUGGAUGUUUUUCUGUGUUUUCAUAUCUAUUGAUUUCUCUCACAACAAAGAAUAGAAAGUGUACAGUGCUCACUUUAUAUUAUUUUUGAUUUCAAAUAUUUGUACUGUAAACAUGCAAAACAAAAAUAGCAUUUUUCAGUUCCCCUCAUACAAGUGCUGUCGUGCAAUCUCUUUAUCAGGAAAGUGUAACUUAGAAACAUAGAUGAUUUUAAUUAUAUAAGUGCACUGAAAAAUAAAGCAAUUAAAAAGUUUA